CCCCUCUCUCUCCCCUCCCUCCCCUCUCUCUCUCUCUCCCUCCAUCCUCUCUCCUCUCUGUCCUCUCCUCUCCUCUCCAGUCGUCAGGAUGGAUCUCGUGAACAAGCUGGUUGCCCAAGGGCAGUUCCGUAUCCUGAAAGUUCCGUUGGGUUUCAUCAAAGCCUUACAAUGGUUUUUCUCCAUCUUUGCGUUCUCCACCUGUGGAAGUUAUUCUGGGAUGUUCAAGAUGGCGGUGGAGUGUAAGAACCGGACAGAGAGUGAUCUGAGCAUCGAGGUGAAGUUCGAAUACCCAUUCAGGAUGCACAUGGUGUACUUCGACGCCCCCACCUGCACGGGGGGAAACCCGGAGCGCCUCUUCCUCAUCGGGGACUACUCUUCCUCCGCUGAGUUCUUCGUCACUAUCGGAGUGUUCGCUUUCCUCUACUCCACUGCGGCGCUCUUCAUCUACGUCUUCGCCUACGAGAAGUACAAGGAGAACAACAAGGGCCCGCUGAUAGACCUGGGUGUGACGGGGGUCUUUGCCUUCAUGUGGCUGGUGAGUUCAGCUGCGUGGGCGAAGGGUCUCACCGACGUGAAGAGGGCGACGGACCCCGACAUGGUCCUCACCAUGAUCGCCGCCUGUAGCAACGAGGAGAACCACUGCAAGGAUGUCCACGACCCCGUCAUGUCCGGCCUCAACACCUCUGUGGCGUUUGGCUUCAUCAACCUCAUCCUGUGGGGGGGGAACCUGUGGUUCGUGUUCAAGGAGACGGGGAUCCUGGCCCCCUUCAUGCGGGCCCCUCCCCCGCAGGAGAAGGCCGCUGCACCGGAGGCCUUCGGCCAGCAGGGGGGCUACGAGCAGGACCCCUACGCCGGCACCCAGGGGGGCGGGUACCAGCCCGACUACAACCAGCAGGGCUACAACCAGACUCAGGAGGCGGACUUCGGUCCGGGCUAUGGCCAACCAGCAGCAGCUCCAACCUCCUUCUCCAAUCAGAUGUGAGCAGACAGGAAAUCGGCAUUGGAGCGUACAAAAGGUUGGCGGUCUGCAGCCUACCCAUAAUGCAACGCUCCUUCAUAUCUGCCGGGAUGUUCAUCUGUUGCAUCGGGG